ACAAGUACCAGUCACCGCGCGAGCUGUACACUACUCAGCUUCGCCCCAAAUAGCAUCUCUCAGCACCAAUUGACCAAACCUGCCCCCUCCAUCGGCGGCAGUCACCAACCAUGUCCGCCGCCGCCACAACCACGGCUCCCCUCCCAAACGGCAACCCCGCGCCCGGCAGCCAGAAUAACGCGUCGGCAGCGUCAUCAUCCACGGCCGCAACCUCUCAAUCCCAACCCCAGUCUCAACUAGCCACCCAGCCCCCCUCCGCCUCCCAAGCACCACCACCAACGACCACAACAGGGCCCGCAACAACAUCAACAGCAGUAACAACAUCAAACCCCAACACCCUCUCCACCGCUGCUGCUGCUGCUGCCGCCUCCUCAGCAGCUUCCAACCCCCGCCCCCGCGACGCCCGCACAAUCGAGCUCCUCCUAACCGCACAAGGCGUAACAGCCUUCGAACAGCGCGUCCCGCUUUUGUUGCUUGACUUCGCCUACCGCCACACCUCGGCCGUGCUCUCAGACGCUUUACACCUCUCUGCGGACCCGUACACAUCGCACGCGGGCGCCCGGCCCUCGGCCUCUUCUGGCGCGGCUCCCGUCAAUGUGGGCGACGCGACUAUUACAAGUAACGCAGUGCAGCUGGCUAUUGCCAGCCGGCUGAACUUCCAAUUCCGUGGCGGAAGCGGGGGCGGGAGCGGUGGUGGUGUCAGCAAGGAGUGGAUGAUGGAGAUGGCGAGGGAGAAGAAUAAGGUGGCGUUGCCCAAGGUCAGUGCGAAUGAGUGGGGGGUAAGGUUGCCGAGCGAGAGGUUUGUGUUGAAUGGGGUUAGCUGGGGUUUGAAGGGGGACGGGUGGAUUGCCGGCGGGGAUGAGACAAGUGGCGAUGAGGAGGAAGGUAGCGAUGAGGACAUGGAGGAUGCGAUGGGCAUUAACAAGAAGGGUGAGAAUGGUGAUGCUAUGGAGGGGAUAGAGAGGGAGGAUAUUGGUGGGGAUGGGGUAGAGGGUGGCACGGUGGAUGACUUGUUUGGGGAUGAUGAUGGUGAUAAUGAUGAGAUGGAAGAUGUGGAUAUGUUUGCUUGAAAGGGGCUGUAUUAUCUUUACAGUUGGCUUCGCGGACACCGGUUCCUGUUUCGGGGCCAUUGAUGAUUCAUUGUCAGGGGAACAAUUUUCCUUCUUUCUCACGGUUUACUGUUGUUUCACCGGGUUUCUCUUCACGGUGUCAUGGCGUUUAGGAGUAGGG